AUGUAUACGCGAGGCGAUCAGGGACAUCCAACAAUAAUUCUAGAAGCUGUUGCGUCUCAAGACCUAUGGAUUUGGCAUGCUUUCUUUGGUAUUCCUGGUUCGAAUAACGACAUCAACGUUCUACAAAAUUCGAAGGUUUUUGACGAUGUUAUAAAAGGGGUCGGUCCUGAUACGAGUUUUACAGUUUCGGGCGUGGAGUACAGACGCGGGUAUUAUCUUGCCGAUGGAAUAUACCCACAAUACUCUACAAUAGUUAAAACGGUUAGGCAUCCUGCGGAUGAAAAAGAAAGAAAUUUGCCAAGUUUCAAAAAGUGGCUAGAAAAGAUAUUGAACGGUGUUUUGGGAUUCUCCAACAAAGAUGACGAAGGACAUGCAAUUUGUGAGUAUGACGAGAACGCGGUGGAGGAGAAUAAUGUUCCGGUUAGCGGAGAACAACAAGAUUUGAACAGGUUCUCCUUACAUAACGAUUUCACACAUGUCAAUCUUCAAUUGGACUUGAUCGAUCACAUUUGGAGUCUCGGAGAAAACAACGCGUAG